AUGCAACCUGAUUACAAGCUUCCUACCAUGGAACACAUUCAUCAAUUUAUUUCAGCUGAGAUUCCAAGUAUUCACCAAGAUCCUGCUUUGUAUUCACUUGUGAAGGAGUUUAUGAUACAUGGUCCAUGUGGUGCUCAAAAUGUCAAUUGCCCUUGCAUGGUGGAUAACAAAUGCUCUAAAAACUUCCCAAAGAAUUUCUCUGAACAUACUUCAAUUGAUGAGAAUGGUUUUCCUACAUAUAGGAGAAAAAACGAUGGAUCGUUUGUAGAAAAAUCUGGUGUCCAGUUAGAUAACCGAAAUGUUGUUCCAUACAACAAAUAUCUGUUGAAAAGAUACCAAGCACACAUAAAUGUUGAAUGGUGCAAUCAGGGAUCUUCUAUCAAGUAUUUAUUCAAAUAUAUUAAUAAAGGCCCGGAUAGAGCUACUGUUACUUUUGUACAAAAUAACAAUGGUUCUGAUAAAGAUGAUACAGUCGAUGAGAUAAAAGAAUACUAUGACUGUAGAUAUCUUUCUGCAUAUGAAGCAUCUUGGCGAAUUUAUGGAUACGAUGUUCAUUACAGACAUCCUUCAGUGAUGAGACUUCCUUUUCAUCUACCUAAUCAACAACAAGUUGUCUAUGGUGCAGAUGAUGAUAUCGAUGAUGUUCUUAACCAGCCUUCAGUUGCUUCGUCGAUGUUCACAUCUUGGAUGGAGUGCAACAAAGUUUACAAACAAGCAAAAGAACUAACUUGUGUUGAAUUUCCAACUAAGUUUGUUUGGAAGCUUGAUUUAAAGACUUGGAAGCCUAGGGAGGUCGGAUAUUCAAUUGGCAGAAUUCAUUCAGUGUCACCUAAUCUUGGCGAAGCAUAUUUCUUAAGAAUUCUUUUAAACAAAGUGAAAGGACCAAAAUCAUUUGAAGAAAUCCGCAUGGUUAAUGGUGAAAUAUGUCCUUCAUUUAGAGAUGCAUGUUAUGCUCUCGGCCUCUUAGAUGAUGAUAAAGAAUACAUCGAAGCUAUUAAGGAGGCAAGUCAGUCUGGAUCCGGUUAUUACUUACGUUUCUUAUUCGCCACCAUGUUAUUAUCUCACAGCUUGUCUAGCCCGGAUGUUGUGUGGGAAAACACAUGGGAAUACUUGUCGGAUGGAAUUCUUUACUAUCAACAACAAAGAUUAAAAUCUCCAGUUUUAUCACUUAAUGAAGAUCAAAUUAAGAACCUGACUUUGUUUGAGAUUGAACAAAUUUUACUUCAUAACACUUCAAGUCUCAAAAAUUUUACAAGGAUGCCUUUGGCCGAUGCUGAUUCUGUAUCCUCUUCAAACAAUCGUCUUAUUAGUGAGGAGCUAGAUUAUGAUAUACCAAAUUUAAAGAAUGAGUUUGAUCAGCUUUCUAUUGCAUUAACAUCUGAGCAACAAAACAUUUUUGAUGAUAUAAUGACUGUAAUAAACAAUAAUGAAGGAGGUGUUUUCUUUGUCUACGGUUAUGGUGGAACGGGUAAAACCUAUCUUUGGAAGACAUUAUCGACCGCAGUUAGAUGUAAUGCUAAAAUUGUUUUAAAUGUUGCUUCGAGUGGGAUUGCUUCUUUAUUAUUAACCGGUGGAAGGACAACACAUUCAAGGUUUAUAAUUCCUUUGGUUCUUACUGAGGUUUCUAUUUGUUCCAUAUCACCAGAUAGUGAACUCGCCAGUCUAUUACGAAAAACCUCAUUAAUCAUUUGGGAUGAAGCACCCAUGAUUCACAAGCAUGCAUUUGAAGCUUUAGAUCGAACUUUGAAAGAUAUAUUCAAGUGUCAUAAUCCUAGAAACGAAACUUUGCCAUUUGGAGGGAAAGUAAUUGUUUUUGGAGGAGAUUUUAGACAAAUUUUGCCUGUUAUUCCAGGUGGUAGUAGACAAGACAUUGUUAAUGCUUCAUUAAGUUCAUCAUAUUUAUGGCAAAAAUGCAAACUCUAUCAACAAACCAAGAAUAUGAGGCUAACUGUUGGAAGUGAUACAUCUGCUUUUCAACAGACAAUGGAUUUUGCAAAAUGGCUUUUGGAUAUAGGAGAAGGGAAAUUUGGUGGUUUUAAUGAUGGCGAAGCGAUUAUUGAUAUUCCGGACGAUCUUCUGAUUAAUGAUCCUGAUGAUCCUAUAGGUUCGUUAAUCGAGUUUGUAUAUCCUUCAAUUCUUGAAGCUUCUAGCAAUCCAGAAUACUUUCAAGAAAGAGCAAUACUUGCUCCAAAAAUGAAGUUGUCGAAAAAAUAA